AAUGAUGUAGUUUGCCCUGCCCGCUCUUAAAGUAGACUGAUACAUGCGCUCGAUUUGAAGUCUCUGGCGUGGUAUCUCUACAUUAAGAUAAGACAGAUUUAAGUUUGGAAAGUCAAAAUCUUCUACAAAGGCCAUGAUUUGAUUCAGGUCACAGGGAAAAUGCACUUCAUAUAAAGUGAACUCUGAGGUGGUGUCAUGUCCUGGGACUGUGGAUUUAAGUAUAUCUUCGCUUUUUCUCCAACUCUUAAGGCUGGAGUAAUGUGCAAGCUUCAAGAGAGAGAUGAUAUCGCACGUAUCGAGCUGGUCCAGAGGCUGGCAAGAGAAAACUGUCAGUUUCUACAGGCAGACAAAAAAGAGCCGGAGAAAUCUGAGCAGCAAGAUGAUGAAGUGCCAAUGGUUCAGGUUAAAGAGCAAGGCCAGAGUGUGCUGGUGCUGAAGAAAGUAGCAAGCUGUGGCCCAGCCCCCACCACAGGGAGUGCGGACAGCGAGAGCGAAGCGAGAUACAUGGUGGUGUCGGGGACCCCGGAGAAGAUCUUAGAGCACCUUCUGAAUGACCUGCACCUGGCAGAGGUUCAGCACAAAGAAACAGAGACGCUCCUCGAUGACUUCCUUCUCACGUAUACAGUAUUCAUGACAACUGAUGACCUGUGCCAGGCGCUGUUGAGACACUAUUCUGCUAAGAAGCAUCAAGGGGAAGAAGAAAAGUCAGAUGUCCCUUGUCGGAAGCGCAAGGUCCUGCAUCUGGUUUCGCAGUGGAUCGCUCUGUACAGACACCGGCUGCAUGAAGAUGAACAUUCAAAAAUGUUUCUAAAGACCAUAUACAGGAAUGUACUGGAUGAUGUCUAUGAAUACCCAAUUCUCGAGAAAGAACUGAAAGAAUUUCAGAAGAUACUUGGGAUGCAUCGCCGGCACACUGUUGAUGAGUACUCACCACAAAGGAAGAGUAAAGCCCUUUUCCACCAAUUCAGUCUUAAGGAGAACUGGCUGCAGCAUAGAGGAACUGUGACUGAAACAGAGGAAAUUUUUUGCCAUGUGUAUAUAACGGAGCACUCCUAUGUCAGUGUGAAGGCAAAAGUUUCCAGUACAGCCCAGGAGAUCCUGAAGGUUGUGGCUGAGAAGCUGCAGCGUGCUGAGGAGGAUCUGGCUCUGGUGGCCAUCAUGUUCUCUGGAGAAAAGCAUGAAUUUCAGCCAAAUGACUUGGCCGUUUCCAAAUCCCUGGAGGCGUCGGGUCGGAUAUUUGUCUACCGGAAAGAUCUAGCCGACACUUUGAAUCCUUUUGCAGAAAAUGAGGAAUCGCAGCAAAGAUCAAUGAGGAUUUUGGGAAUGAACACUUGGGACCUUGCUCUCGAACUGAUGAGUUUUGAUUGGGGUCUGUUCAACUCAAUCCAUGAGCAAGAGCUGAUCUACUUCACGUUCAGCAGGCAGGGAAGUGGAGAGCACACGGUGAACCUCAGCCUUCUGCUCCAGAGAUGUAAUGAGGUCCAGCUCUGGGUGGCCACGGAGAUCCUGCUCUGCAGCCAGCUGGGCAAGCGCGUGCAGGUGCUGAAGAAGUUCAUCAAGGUCGCCGCUCACUGCAAAGCCCAGCAGAACCUGAACUCCUUCUUCGCUAUUGUGAUGGGUCUCAACACGGCCUCUGUGAGCCGGCUGUCACAGACCUGGGAGAAAAUUCCUGGGAAGUUUAAGAAACUUUUCUCUGAACUUGAAAGCUUAACGGAUCCUUCCCUAAAUCACAAAGCCUACAGGGAUGCAUUCAAAAAGAUGAAGCCACCAAAAAUCCCUUUCAUGCCCUUAUUGCUUAAAGAUGUAACAUUUAUUCAUGAAGGAAAUAAAACAUUCUUGGAUAAUCUCGUCAACUUUGAAAAGCUGCACAUGAUUGCAGACACCGUCCGGACCCUGAGACACUGCAGAAGUAACCAGUUUGGAAGUGACAUGUCUCCAAAGGACCAGCAAGAGCUGAAGUCCUAUGUCAACCACCUGUAUGUCAUCGACAGCCAGCAGGCCCUGUUCGAGCUCUCUCACAGGCUGGAGCCCCGGGCCUGAGCCGUCCGUCUGUCCUGGGACUCGAGCACUGAAGGCGAAGGGAAGGUCUCCGUUCAGCAUGCUGCUCUGUGGGAAAAGAGCUUGCUGAGUUCCAGCAGCAAACCGUGAGACAAGCGCAGGAAGCUCGGGAAGUGAUGCCAGCUACCAGAUGCGGAGAGUGCCCCUCUCCCCACCUCUGCCAUCAGCGAGAAGAUGGAAGGAGUCAGAGCAUCCUUGGAACAGGGUCUUUCUUACGAUGGUGAUUUCAAUCCAGCCCAAGUCUCAGCUUACGGUGUGGCAGCAUUAAGAGAAAACAUGUCUUAAUAUAUAGCAGCCAGGAUUGGUUUUUGUUUUUUUGUGUUUUUUUUUUUUUUUUAGUAAGAUUGUGUGUAGCAGGGAGGACUGCCAUUCUGCCUGUAUCGCCGCCUUACUGCCUGGGGGCCAUUAAGAGACCUGAAGACAGCUAGAGCAUCUCCAGAUGGCCCAGGAGGAGAGGCUCCUGCAGCUAGAACCGGACAUCACGCUGGGAGGCGUGUCCUGCUGUGCAAAUAAGAAAUGCCUGGCACACACUUCUUUGCAUCCACAAUCAUUUACCAAUGUAGGCACAACGUAGGCACAGAUGAAACUAGUUUCUAUACCUGAUGCACUCCUGUAAGCAAGGUAGACCAAGUUUCUCAAUAAGGUACUUGGCAUUGUUCAGUUUCUGGAAACUUACUGUACAUGUAUUUUUCUUGUUGUUGAGCUCAACAUGAUUUUCAGAAGAACAUGGGGCCAAGAUCAUAGGUGCUCGGUGUCCACUUACUGAGAUCACAGGAUCGCCAGUUUCUGCAGUCCUGUCCCUGAUGCAGCUGUAGUGUUUGGCAUAACUCCACCAGACUCCCUGCCCACGGGAUGCAGCAUGCCUGCCUGUAGGGGAGGGCAAGUGAAGCUGGAUAUAAUAUAGCUUAACAGUUGGGAUUGCCAGUCUUUCAGGAACUGAAAAGUACCCAGAAAUGCCUAAAAUCUGACUUAAUUGGAGAGUCAGAAGCCCCGCAGUCCGCUUCCCAAGGAUAGCCAGAGCCUUUCUGCAAUUCACCCAUUUCCUUUUCAUUCCUUGUUUUUUAACAAAUUGGGCCUCAUAUACCAAAUAAGACCUCUGGGAAUUCUUAAGGCCUGGUUAAAGAUUUCCCUGAGUCCUCGAGUAAGAAAGAGCGUGUGGUUAGAACAAGGCUACCUUGUGCUAGCUGUUCACUCCCCUGGGUGCGAGCCCCCCUCUGACGCAGCAGGUCCGCGUUUCCCGUCAUGAGUGUGGGUACACUCCUCACACCCCCGAGGGGCUGAUUGCUGAGUGUCCGCACAGACCUGCUUACUACAGUCCCUUACCCAUUCUCAUGGCUGAGACUACGCUGUGCCCCUUGUCUCCUGAUUGCUUGAGAACCAUGCUAUUUUCAGGUCUUGGGACCACAGUGGGCCUGAAGUACUGAUAAAGGGAACUAUAUGGAAAAACCCUGGGUAGAGAUUUCAAAGGGAUUGCAUCUAAACCAGCAUGUAGAAUGUUCGUCCUAGAAGCUUACAGGGUGUUAUAGAAGCAUUGCAACUAGGACUGGCUCACUGAGAAAAUGUUUUACGGGGCUGAGAACCAGUGGGUGAGACCAGAGCCACAGAGGCAGGGAAGCAGGCUCUCCUGAUGUCUAACCAAGCACAAGCGCGCACAAGGCCUGGCAGUCUCUGAGAACAACACAGACUGAGAGCUCAAACACCUGUCCUCCUCCAGGCCAGCAGCCAAAAUUCGGCUAGUGAAAUCACACCAGGCCAUUUGGUCUUGUCUCUGUUCUAACCUAAUGUAUGACGUCAGCUCUACGCUGCUUUAAACAGAACCUUCAGGACUCACUGUAUGUGGAGAUCUGUGGUAGUAGAACACUGUCUGUCUAGGCCCCAGUUCUGCUAGGCUGUGGAAGCCAUGCCUUCAUCAUGCUGAGCACACUCAGAGAAUCCAGCAGGAGAUGGAUGGGGUCCAGGCCAGGACUGCAUGGGUGAGGCUGCUAUUCCCUCCAAAGCAAAAGUCAGGUGGGAUUUGUUUUGCUAUCCAGUCUCCUGAAUAUCUAAAGUCUCUAAAUCUUCAACCUUAACACCCAUGUCUAGGAAUUUCUCAGGCAACAGAUUCAGGGACUUCAGAAGGUUUGCAGAAUCUUAAAUCUGAAGUGAACGAACAUUCAGGAACUGUCAGAGCCCACGUGUUCUACAGCAGCCGAACACUGUGAGACGUGUGUCCAGGAGUCAGCAGCAUUCCAUGCCUGGGGUGACCUGGUUCCUUCUCUAGAGCUUCCCCUGGGUCUCCCCAGAAUCAGUAUUGAUGUCCCUAAAUCCUGUGUAACUGGGAUCUUCCCCAGUGAGUGAUGCUGGACUUCUUUCUCAGAGCACAGCCCUCUAGGGGACCUGUGGAUCUCUGGACUCCAUUUCUGCAAAGCAACCGCACUUGCUAGUUAGCACAGGAGGCAGAACACUUGUUCAUCAAGGGAAAGUCACCAACUUUCCAAAUCCUUUAAAGAAUAUACAAACACAUUUGCAGAUGCUCCCUAGCCUACGGAUUUGAAAUUCACUUUGAGUCUGUAUAAUUGCCAAAUGGUUAUAGUAGCACACAGUAUAACCCACAUCCACUCUUUUCUAGUAUCCUUAAUUGCAUUGAAAAUAUUUUCCUUUUCCUACUCCGAUAUCUACAAGCAAGUAGUGUGGCACAUACCUUGACUUUAGAGGCAUGAGAAUAAAGUCGCAUGCCUCCUAGUUUGCAGGGAGAUAGGUCCUCCAUAGGUGCACAGUCGCCUGAGUGAGGGAUAAGCGGUGUGGGCAGGUGGCUGCUUGUAUAGACUUCUGGUCCUGGAGCUGCCCCUUGACGCUGCGAAGUCCCAGCCCUGUGGGUUUGCACAGACAACACGUGCACUGCAAACCCGGAAGUGAAGAGCACAACCCACCCAAGCUUCUCAGAACUGGGCAAAAUGAAUGUUUAGACUACAAGGGCCACCGCAGCUGUCCAGCAUAGGAUUUCUUUUCCACUUCAAAGACAUGUCCUUGAAAUUUCAGCCUGCUCCUUACUAAGUGGGCCAGUUUUGCUCUAGAGAAAACACAUUUUGAAAAAUUGCCAAAAAGUCAGAUGAAAUGUACUACUGUAUAAAGCCAAGCUGUAUAUACUAAGCAUUUUUAGCAGAGUGAUAUUUAUUUGCAUAGCCUAUUUAUUGUAUUCAUAUUACAUUGUUGUUAAAUACCAGGAUGAAAUCAAUGAUCAGAAGCAAGGACUCUUGCUCGGGACUGCUGCAACAUUGUCAGCUCGUGAUAACAAUUAGACGCUAGGAAGCCCACGGUCCGGGCAUCUACCUAACUUCUCAGGGACUACAUCUCGUAGUUUUCCACCAUUCUAAGAGCUGGUAAAUAUGAAACAUUUGUUGAAUUACCAGACUGCCAUUGACAGUGUUUGCUUUCUGCCUCUGUGUAUAUGACUGUGCUGUGUAUUUAUCAAAGUAGGAAGCAAUAAUUUAUAUGUAAAAAAUGGCCAAGCAAUAUAAGGUUAAAACUAUAUGAGUAACCAUUACCUGAUCUUGUAUUUUCAAGUGUUUUUUUUAAGCUGCUUUUUCAAAUAUAAGACUAUGUUAAACAUA